AGGUGGCGGUAGUGGAUUCACGGUAUAGCUUGCUAAACCAACUCUACCAGAAAGAAGAAGAGGCGCGCUCACGCCGCUUAAACGCAUAUCCUGUGCUAAGCUAAGCUACCUGACUCAGCUAAACAAGUUUUAAAUGGAUCUGACCGAGCAGAUCAACCAGUUGGAGGCAGACCUACAAGAGCUGGGGUCACUCUUGGAAAAGGCACAGAGAACGAGAGUGCAGGAGGUACUGAGGCAGGAGCAGAAGAAGGUGGAAACAGAGAUUGCAGCCAAACUACGUCAGAAAGAUCAACAAACGAGAAAGGAGGCCGACCCAGCUGCAGCCUCAAAACCUACCUACUCCGUAAAGAUCACCAACUACGCUUGGGACCAGUCAGAGAAGUUUAUCAAAAUUUACCUGACAUUGAAAGAUGUCCAGAAGAUUCCAGCAGAAAAUGUGGAGGUCACCUUUACAGAAGGGUCAUUUUCUGUGCUGGUAAAGGACCUAAGUGGAAAGAACCAUCAGAUGACAGUUCUGAAUCUUUUGUAUCCAAUUGAUGAGAAGGAAAGCUAUAAAAAGAUUAAAACAGACAUGGUCCUGGUAAUGUGUAAAAAGCAAACAACAAAGAAGUGGGACUGCCUAACAAAAGUGGAAAAACAGUCAAAAGAGAAAGAUAAACCUAGUAUGGAUGAAAACGCAGACCCCAGUGAGGGCCUGAUGAACAUGUUGAAGAAAAUUUACGCAGAGGGAGACGACGAGAUGAAGCGAACCAUUAACAAAGCCUGGACGGAAUCCCAAGAGAAGAAAAUGCGAGAAGGUGACAUGAUGGACUUCUGAGGUGUAACUGUUACUUUUUCACAAUGGGAACCAUGUGAGAUCAAUGGACUGACCAUUGUAGGUUCACUGUUAAAUUUAAUGUGUAACUCAUGUUUUCAGGAA